AUGACCUUUGACGUUGAAAAGAACGGCUAUUCCACCGGCGACAAGACAUCUUUCGCCUGGUCCAGCGCCCGGCAGCGAUGGCCCGUCAUCAUCACCACUGCCAUUGACGACGUCUACCGCACCGUGCACGCCGAGACCGAUCCCGAGGUCGUCAAGGAGGGCAAGCAGAUCCUCGAGUCUCUCGCCAACCUCAAGUACCAGGUCCAGCAUGACCGCGCCCUCACCCCAAUUCCCGACGAUGGAUACCCCGACGUCGCCCUCUACAACGAGGAGCUCGCCAAGCUCAGCCCCGCGACCUGGCUCAACGUCCCCUGGCUCUACUCCGAGUGCCAUCUCUACAGGCAAGUCUCAUCCCCCUCGGACGACUUUUCUUCGACCUUACUCCUCCGCACUCUCGUUCCCUCCUCUCAAACCCAUCACGGCCUUACUCAUAAGCACAUUCUUCACCCAAACCCAGCACUGGAAGACGUACGACCUCUUCCGCCGCCAAAAAUCAGCACCUUCCGCUCCUCCCGCGCCGCCGUCCUCGAGCUCGCCUCCCGCUACCGCACCCUCGUCGGCGAGAUCCGCGCCGGCGGCACAAUCUCCGACGACGCCGAGCGCCUCAUGUUCACCGAAAUGCUCGAAGUCUGCCUGUGGGGCAACGCCACCGACCUCUCCCUCCUCACCACCCUCACCUACGACGACAUCCAAAAGCUCCAAGGGUCCGAGGCCCGCAAGGCCGCCGAGAACAACAUCCUCGCCAACGACACCGCCGCCGCCUUCGCCGUGCUGCGACGCGCCCGCGACGAGGGCAAGGCCGAGCGCAGGGUCGACAUCGUGCUCGACAACUCGGGCUUCGAGCUCUACGUCGACCUCAUCCUCGCCGGCUACCUCCUCUCCUCCGGCCUCGCCACCCACGUCGUCCUCCACCCCAAGUCCAUCCCCUGCCCUUUUACGAGACCCCUCCGACGACGAGACCCUCCAGAACAAGACCCCGCCCCGCUCGCCGACGCCGAUGCCGAGAACCUCGCCUUCCUCUUUGAGCAGUGGAGUGGCUUCCACGCCGAGGGACAGGUCAUCCUGCGCCCGAACCGCUUCUGGACGCACGGCGGCAGCUUUUGGAGGCUCCCUACCGAGGCUCCCGAGCUGCUCGAGGAUCUCAAGGCGAGCGAGCUCGUCAUUUUCAAGGGUGAUCUAAACUACCGAAAGCUCACGGCAGAUGUAAGCUGCCUGGGACCCCACAACUCCUUCGUCACCGCCCUAGGUCCCCUCGGCCCCGGCGCUGGUGUCAACAUCCUCUCCCUGCGCACAUGCAAGGCCGACGUCGUCGUCGGCCUCGAACCCGGCGUUGACGAGGAGCUCCGGGCCAAGGAGGGCGGCGGCGGCGAUUCUGGCGAGCGGCGGUGGGCGUGGAACGGCAAGUGGGCCGUCAUCUCCUUUUCUCCUAGGAACUGA